AUGAUGGAAAUGUCGAGCCGACAACAAUUAUAUCCGACUAUUACUAAUACUAUCAACGAGGAGGCAGACAACGAGGGUAAAACCUGUGGCAAAAUAUUGGUGGUCCUGUCAUGGAUCCUCGUGGCAUUAACCAUGCCAUUUUCGCUCUUCAUCUGUUUCAAGGUUGUGCAGGAGUAUGAGCGAGCUGUAAUAUUUCGUUUGGGGCGUCUUCUAUCUGGAGGCGCCAAAGGACCUGGAAUAUUCUUCAUUUUGCCAUGCAUCGAUACUUACGCCCGCGUUGAUCUGCGUACGCGCACCUACGAUAUACCGCCCCAAGAGGUACUCACCAAGGAUUCGGUCACCGUCUCCGUGGACGCUGUGGUCUACUACCGCGUCCACAAUGCUACCAUUUCCAUAGCUAACGUGGAGAAUGCCCAUCACUCCACCCGUCUCCUUGCCCAAACGACCCUCCGGAAUACCAUGGGUACACGACCUCUGCAUGAAAUCUUGAGCGAGCGUGAAACGAUUUCUGGAACCAUGCAACUGUCCCUGGAUGAGGCUACCGAGGCUUGGGGUAUCAAGGUGGAACGUGUUGAGAUCAAGGACGUUCGUCUGCCGGUUCAACUGCAACGUGCAAUGGCCGCCGAGGCAGAGGCCGCUCGCGAGGCCCGUGCUAAAGUCAUCGCUGCCGAAGGUGAACAGAAGGCCUCGCGAGCUCUUCGCGAGGCCUCCGAAGUCAUUGGCGACAGCCCCGCUGCUCUGCAACUCCGUUAUCUCCAGACGUUGAACACCAUCUCAGCCGAAAAGAACUCAACAAUAGUCUUUCCCUUGCCGAUCGAUAUGAUUACGUACUUCAUGAGGGCAAAAGAGGAAUCCCAAAAUAAUCUUUAAACAUAUUAUUUUUGAUGCUACACUCUUUUUUCGCAAUUCAUUUCCACUUCGACGGACAAACCUCUAUUUUUGUAAUAAGUUUUACUAUUAUUCAUUAUUUUUUUAUUUAUACUCACUUCGCUAUAUUUCUUAUUUUUUUAUAUUAUUUUCACUUCUAUCGAUUUGCCAUUUCGUCUUCAGACAAGGAAUUAAAUAUUGACACGAUUUUAAAACCCAAAAAAAUAUAUACGUUCAAGCAUCCAGGAAAAAAAUCAGGGCCCUAUAUGAUAGUUUAUAGUAAUUAUUGUAUGUGCGUUAAUCAAAGCAAGUAUCAUUACUUAAUUAAUUCGAUUUAUAAAAAUGAAAUAAGCAGAUAAUGCUUUAAUGUAUAGUCUCUAAGCCAAACUUGACUCAAUCUGGACGACUUGCGUUCGGAGUAAUAUUGAGUCAAUAGAAAAUAAGACAAAUAUUUAAUCAAUUAACUGUAGAAAAACAUAUUUAUUCGAUAGUUUAGUAAUAAAAAGUAGACGUUAUAAAUUAAGAAAAAUACUUAAUUAAUCGUUGAAAAACAUAUUUAUUCGUUAGGAUAGUAAGAAAAAUUAGACAUUUAAAAAUAGGAAAAAUAUUUAAUCAAUUAAUCGUAGAAAAAACAUAUUUAUUCGAUAGGAUAGUAAGAAAAAGUAGACAUUUUAAAAUUAUAUAAAAAAAAUAAUUGUAGGGAAACAUAUUUAUUCGAUAGUAUAGUAAGAAAAAGUAGACGUUUUAAAAUAAAAAUAUUUAAUCAAUUUAACAGUAGAGACACAUAUUUAUUCGAUAGCAGUAAGAAAAAAAUUGUUUUAGGAAAUUAACCAAUAAAA